GGAGAAGACCCGACCCAACAAAAACAGAUAAGAUCUCCUAGUGGUCGACAUCCCUGCGCACCACGACGGAAGUACGCGCCUUCCUAGGGGUGGUUGGGUUCUGGAGGAUCUUCAUCAAAGGAUUCGCAAAGACAGCGGAACCUAUCCGCACGAUAAUUAGAGAAGGUGGCACUAUGGAAUGGACCGAGGAUAGAGAAGCGGCAGCCCAGACCCUUAAAGACAUCCUGUCGUCCGAUCAAGUCACCCUAGCACCACCCUGUUUCAACGAUGAGGUAGGACGACCCUUCAUCUUAGAAACAGAUGGGGGAUCGCUGACAGUUGGAGGAGUACUAAUACAGAAAAGCGAGGAAGGCAAGGAAAGGCCAAUCAUAUUUGAAAGUAGAACCUUGAACUCGGCAGAACGAUGGUACUCACAGUUCAAGAAAGAGGUCUUAGCGAUCCUGCAUUACCUUAAGACCUUUCAGGCGUACCUGUUCGGGAGGCGGUUUAUCCUGAGGAUCGAUCCAACCAACGUCGCCGGGGCACUUAAGAACUAUAAUCCUAUAGACCCAACCGUCGGGAGACGGAUAGGCUUCAUAUGGCAAUUCGACUACAAGGUCGAGCGAAUUGCGGGGCUCCGAAACAGGGCAGAUGGGCUGAGUAGGGUGUGUAUCAUGCCGGAAGGGAUAGAGGACGCAGAGCCAAUUGACGCCUUCCUGGAAUACGAGGGAGGGACCCUCGUCAUGGAUAAUGAGAUGGUGGACGCCGCGCCGACAAUGGGUCAGCUGCUGAUCCAGACUCUGGAAAAAAAAGUGCCCGCGGUAGUGGCGGAACUCAGGGAAGGACCGGUCACCACGUUUAGGCACAAAGAGGAAAAGGAUUCAUGGGGAGCAACGGUAGGACCCAAAGAGGAACUGAUGGCAAUGGCCGCUGAAGGGGGACGGGAUGCUGUGACGACCCUAGUAGAGACUUGGGCGCAAAGGGAGUGGCGAUACGUAGUUAACCAGACUCAGGAGGAGCAGGAUGCUGAUCGGAAGGAACGAGAAUUCUUCCUUAUACAGAUGUAUGAGGGCGUCUUCAAGGAAAUCGGCCUACUGCUUAUAGGAAACAAGCAGCCCACGGAAGUCAGCCCCAAGGCAAGGGAGGAAGCCGAAAAGUACAUCCUGGAUGCAAGGGAUAACCUCAGUGGCUUUGUAGAGGCGGUAGCACUCAAGAAAAAGACAGGGAAGGGAGUGGCCGAUUGGAUAGAGGAUUUCUACCUAAGACACCCUUUUGUGCGUAGGUUCAUAGUAGAUAAUGAGACGGAGUUCAUCAAUCAGGAGGUAUUGAGCAGGCGUAAGACCUUGUGCUUACCCAUCAAGAUCAUUGAGCCAUAUCACCCUGAGGCAAAUGCACCGGUAGAAAGGGGGCAUCGGAAUUUGAAGAACACAAUCGUCAUGCUGACAGUGGAUGAUUUGGGAAACUGGUCGCGGUACCUUGAGCAGGCAGUCUUCUCUGAGAACAUGACACCAAAGAGAACGACGGGGUGCAUUCUAGCGGAGCUAUGGUAUAGAAGGGAGAUUGACUUCCCGAUAGAGGCCCUCGUCCCUACCUGGAAUAGGCUAGAUGAUGAUCCGCACUUGACCACGGAGGAGUUAGUUGUCGCAUGUUGCCAAAAGGUCACCAGGAAUGAGGAAGCAUUGGAAGAAGUGGUUAAUCGUGUGAUGGAUAGUCGGAUGAGGGACGAGGCAAGGGAACGAACGGCAAAGAAACUUGAUCCUCACUUGGUGGAAAGCGAGGACAAGGGGAGGGUUGUCGGUCCCUUGUGCCACCAAGAAGGAAAGGUACCAGGCUGUUGUGAGCAUCUGAGAAAGCGAAAGGAGUGUUGUUUUUGCAACGAGCCUGAUAACGAAUAUUGUCCACAUAGGCUCAUCAUGGUACGGAGCAGCGGAGUAUACGGCUAUAGGCCAAGAUGCCUCCAGUUCCUCUGGAGAUGGGAGCGGAUGUUUGGAGACGGGUCGACUGUGACCGCCGUCUUGAACUACAGCCAUUGCAAGCGGGAGGCAAGGCUGAAGAUAAAUGUUGAAAGGGAAAAAGAGAAAGAAAUGAGGGUGGAUCGAGGGUUACAAGCGGCCAUCACGGAAGCCAGGGACCGUGCAGAGAGGAGGUGCAGGAGAGACGGAGUCACAGAUGAAGUGAAAGUGACCGUUUCUUACGUGGAGGCGGAGACUUCGACGGACACGGUUGAGCCGGAGCAGAGGCACCUGGACCGCGACUCGGAGGCUGAGAGUGGGGCGAGCGACUUGAACGCAGAGACCCAGUCCUGGCACGGGUUGGACCAAUGGCAGAGGGACCACCCGCGGGCUGAGCCUGUGGAGAGUGGUCCAGAGGCUAACUCCUGACGGCAACGGGACUAAGGGACUGGGGCAGUUACAGAUCGA